AUGAAUCCUUGUGAGAAAAUUGUUAAUCAAGGAACUCUUGUGGUAUUAAACCUGGCUUCAUCAGUUUCCAAAAUAGCUCUCGAAAAAAUUGUUGAUAUUAGUUUCGUUUAUGCAGGAUCAUUGCUUAUACGGACCAUGGUGAUGGAACGAUGGGUCCCGGAACUCCCUUCAGAUUUCCUCUCCUCCUUUCUAGUCUGGAUCAGAAUCCGAAACAUCCCAGCAAACCACUACACCAUUGAGACGAUGGACAGGCUGGGAUCGGCGAUAGGGGAACUCAAGGAGAUCGCAUACGGCCUGAAAGUAUCACAAAAAACGGAAUACGUUAAGAGUUUUGGUGGAUCUCAAAAUAGAUAA